AUGAGGGAGGCUGAAGAAAGCAGAGCAAGGCGCGGUUGGCGGUCCCCGUCUGAGGAAGGAAAAAGCGCGCCUUUCUCCCUCGCGCUCUAUCCCUCUGUUUACAAAGCCAGGAAGCACCCAACCCGCAAGCCAAUGCCGGGUACCUGCCCUUGCCGCCACGAACGUCCACCUCUGCAGCUGCCGCCGCGUUACCCAACCGGGAAUGACACGAGCUACCGGCGUUGGCCGCGAGUCCCCUUGGCGAAGCUCCUCCUCCCGAUGCCUACUGGUCCUGGUGCUCGCCUGUCUGUAGCAGCGGUACCCAUGGCGCCUUCCGAUUGGCCGCUUAUCUCCUCCUGUGCAGCUCAACCAGAUUGCUUGAGAGCUCCCGACAAGGUGAUGAAAUACAGCGAGUUGAUAACUAGGAAAAAUGUGGCGAAUGGAGUUAUAGGAGCUUCAGCCAUCUAUCUGGUGUCCAAGGCUCUCCUAGCAAUGCUCCAAAGUCCCCCCUUCAACCUGGAGUCAAGUGAGUCAUGUGGGAUACAAGGAGACAGACAUUCCAUUGAGUAUUAUCCAAUUCCAUCUGUAAGGGCAAAAGUUCCUGGUGAACUCAGGCGACUCCUGCUGUCCCUCACUCCAAGCCUAGAUGCCAACUCCAAGAGAACAGUACUUAAUACCAUCACACAAUGUAUCCAUCUGAAGGAAGAAGAGGCAAAUGCUUGUACUCAUGAUGAUAUAAAAUUGGUGGCAUCAUUCCUGGAUGAUGAAGAUAAAGUCACCCAGACUGAGGCACUAAAUGCCCUCAAAGCCUUCACUGCCAUUUGGAGAUUUAAAAUCAAAAUCCAGGAAUACGUCCCUAAGAUUGUUGAGCUGGUGACCAGCAACUGGGAUGCCAACAUGCAGGUUGCUGGCUUGAGGCUGCUGAACGGGUUGCAUAUCCCAGAUCAAACUCACCCCCUGCUGAAAAGGGUGCUAUUGAAUUUCAUGGACAUUCUGUUCAUGGCAAACACCUUGGCCAAGGUGCAGGUACUCAAGUUCCUCACCACAAUUGCCCAGAAGGAGGACCUGCUGUACGACCUCAUGAAUUGCCGGGCACCCCCUCAGUUCCUGAGCUUCAUCCAACCUUCCCUCCCUACGAACCUGCUUUAUGAGAUGCUAGUCUUUGUGGAGCGGCUCAACGAAGGCCGCCUGUCUCCGCAGUACCAGUCUGCCCAGUGGCAGUACGAGGAUCAGUCCAUUCACGAAAUGCUUUUUGGGAACAACUCGCGCCUGUCCAACUGCUUGCUUGCUCUCAUCACCCACCCAGAAGAAGAGAUCCAAGUGCAGGCCUGCAAGGUCAUACUCAGCCUCCGGCUUGACAAGGAUGAGAACAGGGUGAUUGGUGGACUCCCCUUCAGAGCCAAUCUCAGUGCCUACCCCCUGGAAUCAACGAGAAUUAGCCAAGUCUCAAACAGCACCCUUAGCAACCACCCAUUCAUUCCCAACACCCUCUCCACUGACUCCACAGAUGUCUCUGACACCAGCCAUGACGGCAAUGGUCGCAGCUUCCACCCCCUCCAAGGCACCGAUGCGACCGGCCCCAGCUUCCGUCCCCUCCAAGGCACCGAUGAGACCAGCCAAAGCUUCCACCCCCUUGAGAGAGCUGACCACAGCUUCCACCCCCUUGAGAACAUCAGGGCCAACAGUGGCAGCCGUGUCCUGGAUGACGCCAGGGGCGGCUUUCUACCUCUUCAAGCUGGUUGCCCAGAUGAUGGUGACAACAACACUUAA